GUGAAGACACGGUCGAGUGUACUGCAGUCAGUGGGUAGUUUAAUAAAUGCUUCGGCUAUACCGCGGCACUAAAACUCCGCUGAAGUUGGUGUUUUUAUCCAGUAGAAAUAUGUCGAUAGAACCCACUGAGCGUGGACCUGCGGGCGGUGAGAAAAGCAGCGACAACAGGUCGAUUCACUCGGACACUGUGGAGGAGAUCCAUAACAUCCCGCUGCAGGUCAUCAUCAGACCGUUUCCGCCAGUGCUGGACGAGCAGAAAGUCCAGAGUCUGAUGGACACAAUAAGGGAGACAGCAGACAUCAGCGUUGUUCCUCCUAUUGAUGUGCUCUGGAUCAAAGGUAGAGAGGGAGGAAAUUACUACUACUCGUUCGGCGGCUGUCACAGGUUUGCUGCCUAUCAGAGGUUGAACAUGCAGACCAUUCCAGUAAAGAUCAUCAAAUCAAACGUCUCAGACCUGAGCACUUAUUUGGGGGCUUCGACACCUGAUCUGCGGUGAUGCUGGAGCAGCUUGGAGCUUUUUUUUAUUUUUAUUUUAAAUAUAUUUGGCUCAGAUGAAUUAUAUAUAAUACAGCUGUAACUCUCCUGUUGGUGACUGCAGAGCAAAGGUUUUGCCAGUAGGGGGAAAUGUAACUCUUAGUUAAGCAUAUGACAUUUUUCAUUUGAAACAGCUUAAAUGUAGUUCAAAUUUUUGUAAUUAUCUAUUUUUACAAAGUACAUAUUGAUCAUGUAGUAGCUUUAAUGCUUCCAAAUACCAACUAUAAUUGCAUAUAAACAUUUAAAUUGCUGUGUUCUAAGAGGUCUUUAUUUUAAAAAAAUAACCUUUUUUUUUUACUUUUUAAUUACUUUUUGAUUUUUACUUAAAUCAACCUACAGAUAAGAAAGCACGAAAGAUGAAUGAAAUGUAUUCAGCACAUCUUUAGGAUGGUAGCUAUAAAAUGAAACCUUAGCUACUGUACAUGCCCAACAACAAUAGACAAAAGUGAGGGGGUUGAUUGCUCAACUGUAUGUUUGGCUAGCUAAUGUCAUAAAAAUGGUGUGAAGAUGCUUUUUAUAAUAACAAAACUUUGUGGCCAGUGAUACUUCGUGGCCCUCUUAAAAUAAAGGCCUAAGUCGUUUUUUAAUGAAAGUUUUAUUGUUUUAAGAGGGUGACGAUGUGUAUGUAAAAACAUGGUAUCCUCGUGUCUUCUUAUCCUGUCACAUUGGUAUAACAGCUCCACUGCUACAUCUAAUUUAUUCACUGUUUUGAUGCAACUGGAAUUUUAAAACCACAUAUUUGUUUUGUAGACUCUGACUCAUUUUGCCCCACAGUCCAAGAACGCUUUGACAGGAAAUUUUUUUUUAGAAAAUUAAAAGAAAUUGUGAAAAAAAAAAGUUAUCUACUCCAUCAGGUAAAGUUCUUCCUUCCACAGCAGGAUGAAAAGGAAAAAAUGGUAACUAAAUUUAUAGUCAGAUACCAAAAAUUCCAUGCAGAUGGUGGAUCAGCUUACGACGGUCACCCCUAAAAUGAUGCAGCAGUUGUUUCAGCGGUGUGUUUAUUCUGUAAACAUCGUUGAGUAACACUGCAGUGAAAGAUGGUUGGAGAUGUUCAGGUGUUUUCACAGCAGACAUUUUUCACUUGUCACAAAGUAGGAAGAAGCGCAGCUGUUGCUAAUAAAAUGAACAACCUCUCUGUUGUGUUGAAGUGCUCCUGUGAGCUGCGACAGUGUGACAACGAGCCAGCACGCACAGUGCAGCAGCCUGAAAGUGAAACAGGGAAACUGAAUUUAUUAUUUACUGAAGUGCUUUUAAUACUAUGACACUUGCUUACAAAAAAAUAGCCUGUUGUAUCCACCAGUGGUUUUCCUUCAAAUGCACCUCUUGAAUUCCUUCCACUGAGUACUAGGGAAGAUUUAAAUACACCACCUGUCUUUGGUCCAAGUUAUUUUUGUCUGUAUUUGAAGGUCCCCGUGGAUUUAGUUUUAAUUUUAGAAUCAAAUGACCUGCUUUAUGUAGCAGCUGCAGAGUGUGAAGAGGAAAUGAACAGGUCUUCAUUUUCAAUAACUAAGAGACAAAUUUCUGUAAGACUGCUAGAUUUUUUUUUUCUCGAAAUCUCAGUAGCUCCGGUGUCAUACAACCUUGUACUUUUUCAGUCAUAUUCACCCACGUUGUUCAUGCACAGUCAACUUUGAUUGUGAUGUUCUAGACAGCAUAAGACGAGGUAAUAGAAAGGAGCCUAUAGACCAGAUGGUUUGCUGAAAGAGUGAGGUGUUAUGAGAACAUCAAGCUGACAAAAUGCAAGAUGUUAAGUCUUGCUGAGUCUGCUCAUUCUGCUUGCCGUCAGUCUGUGUCUCUCUCGUCUGAAAGUGAUACCUCAUGUAACUGUCCAGAUUGUGUUUUGACAAAAAAAGUGGAGGAACCUUCAUCAUACUGGUCAGUUCAUAUGAAAACUUUAACCAGAUGAAU